UUGAUAUCAAAUACGUUGAAUUUUUCUCUGUAAGACCUUCACAGCUUGUUUACUUGGAUAAGAAAGGCUAUCGUUUAGCGCUGGACUCUUCAGAGGAAUCCAACUACAUUGAAGCAAAAAGCGGUGUAAUUGACAAAACCAGUGAAAACUUCGACGCGGACAGUAAUAAUUCAAGUGACAGCUCACAGACGAGAUCUGUGAGCAAUGACAGUCUUAUGAAUAUUUAUGACGAAACCGAUGCUAAAAGUGACGCUGAGCGAGACGAAAGUAUUGACUACAACAUGGGAUGGGAUGAGGUCCAGGAAGAACCCAAGAGGAUUCCCUGUGCCUUAAAGGGUCCAUUCGUGAACUUAGUGCUUUUAAGGACUCACCGAACUGGGAGUGGAACACUUGCCAAUAUUUUGUACAGAUAUGGCGACUUGAACGACCUGGAUUUUGCUCUUCCUAAACAGAAAAGCUACGAUUUCUAUUGGCCGCUACACUUUAAUCCAAGCUACGUGGACAAAAAGUACCUUAAUUCAACUGCUCCAAACUUACUCAUUAAUGCCAGAUACAGCCCAGAUACAAUAGCAUCCUUCAUGCCAAAGGACUCUUACUACAUCGCAGUUAUAAGGAAACCAACGAAUCAUUUUGAAUCUGUCUUCUACGGAUAUCAAAUUGAUGAUUUGCUCGGUAUGAACAACUACAGCGACCCAUUUGAUGCAUUUCUGACCAAACCCAAGCAGUAUCUGUUACAGUAUCUUCAUCAGGAGCCACGAUUUGAUAUCAACAUUAACAUGGUAAAGAAUGGACAAAUGUUCGACCUUGGCCUUCAGCACAAAUAUUACAAUGAUCCAGUGAUGAUAGAGAAGUACAUUGGUGACCUGGCCGAGAAUAUAGACUUAGUGCUUAUCAUGGAAUAUUUUGACGAAUCUCUUGUUUUACUCAAAAGAGAACUCUGUUGGGAUUUAGAUGAUGUUGUUUAUUUCAAACUGAAUCAAAGAUCACCUGAGUACAAAGAAACAAACAUAACAGAUCAGCAAAAGAUGCAAAUCAGUGAAUGGAAUAAUGCCGAUGCUGCGUUAUACGACUUUUUCAACAAAACUUUCUGGAAUAAAAUUUCUGCGCAAGACCAAACCUUUUAUCAAGAAGUUACAAAGCUACGUAACAAAGUGAAUAGUCUCGAGAAGGAAUGUAUUCACACACUGGAAACAAACCGUGAUACGGGAGAAAUGGAAAUCAAACUAAAUGAACACAGGAUUCCAAACAUGAACAAAUAUUUAUGUGAGAAAAUGACUCUGAAAGAGGAGAGUUAUAUUUCAUAUCUAAGGAAGAAAUAUAAUCUGAAGCUCAAAGAAGACAGCGAGCGUUUAAGAAACUGGUUUUAUGAAAAGUUGAAUAAGGCAAGACUUGAAGAUUCACAAUCACUUGGCUUGUAAAUAAUGCUGUUACUUAGUUCGCAAUAUCGCCUUAAAUAUUUCGUAAAUGUAUUGAAGAGUUUUUUUUGUAACGUGUAUGAAGAAAAGGAAAUAUUUUGGUAUUCGGAGAAACCAGCCCGACCACACUACGCAUGAUGGCUUUCUUUUACCUGGGAGCCUGUUUACUGAAUGCAACUCCCAUUACACUCCUUAGACUAAAUAUAUUGAAAGUAAUCUAACUAACGGUAGGCAGCCUGAACACUUUUUUGUAUUAUAAUCAUGCAAUAGGUUUGUACAUAUAUUAAACAUCAUACAAAACGAAUAUGAAA